GAAGAAGAAAUUCACCGCGCUGGAUCAGGGUAGUGGGAAACAUCGCGGAUUCACGGUGCUGGAAACAGUUGUUUAUUUCGUGAUUAUACAGCAUUAAAUAUCCCAUGAGCAAAAGUGAUUCGAGGUAAAAUACACCCUCGUCUGCGUGUGGACUUUUACUAAUAGACAGGUUGUGUCGUCGCCAAGAUAAAAACUGUUUUGAAGAAGGCUGCCAGGCCUCGUAGGUGAAUCGCCAUGAGUUACGGUAGGCCUCCGCCGGACGUCGACGGCAUGACUUCCCUCAAAGUAGACAACCUCACCUACCGAACGUCGCCCGAAACUCUCAGACGUGUUUUCGAGAAGUAUGGCCGGGUAGGGGACGUCUACAUCCCUCGAGAUCGCUACACGAAAGAAAGCCGGGGGUUCGCGUUUGUGCGAUUCCACGACAAACGGGACGCCGAGGAUGCGAUGGACGCCAUGGACGGAGCGCUCUUGGAUGGGCGGGAGCUGAGGGUCCAGAUGGCCCGGUACGGCAGACCUCCCGAUUCCCACUAUGGUGGAGGGCGACGAGGAGGACCGACGCGGAGAUACGGGGGUUAUGGACGCCGAAGCAGAAGCCCGAGACACAGAAGACGCAGCAGAUCCCGCAGCAGGAGCCGCUCUCGUUCCCGCAGCCGAUCCCGCUCCAGCAGAUCCAGAUCCCGGUCCUACUCCAGAUCCAAGUCCCACUCCCCCAGGACCAAGAAGACCAAGGCCAAGUCCCAUUCUCGUUCCAGAUCAAGAUCCAGGUCCCGGUCUAAGUCCAGGUCCAGAAGCCACACCCCUUCCUCCAAAAGAGGCUCCAGGUCUAGGUCCAAAAGCCAGCCCAAGUCAGCAGCAGAGAAUGGAGUUUCAGGUGACGACCUCAGAGCUCCUCAGACAGGAUCCCAGACAAGCAACAGUGUCCAGCUGUGAAAGGUUAUUAUUGUGUCUUCCAUGCUUUGCUCUGUUUUAUUUGUUUGGCCUCAGAGGCUUUUUCAUGACAUUGAUGUGCUGUGAUUUUAUUUCCUUUCAUGACGUGUUUAUUAUUUUUAAAGCUUCAGUUUAACGUGGAGAAGAAUCUGUGUUCAGACUUUGAAACAGAUGAUAUGAGGAUGUUACAGUGGUUUUCUCUCAGUUCCUCUCUCUGCCGUCUGUAUCAUGAAGCGAGUUCACCUCAGUCCAGCUUUCUUUGGGUUUCCUGGCCCUGCUGAGCCUGAUACUACAGAUCCUGAAUAACUGGUGUCACUGAGGCAAAAGAAUGACUAGAAACAGAGUAAUUAAUUAAUAAUUUUUAGUUUAGUUUAACAUUUAGAUUUAUUCUGAGUGAGUGAGUUAACCCCAAAGUUAGCUGGCUAGAACAUUAAUCUCGCUUUGUGAUACAGGCCGUUGACGUCAAUAUAAUGGGACUUAAACAUCAGGUUUCUUUCGAUACCGUCACAAAAAGCCAUUUACUGUCUGUUAUCUCUUGUUCAGUCUGGAAAGAAACAUCUAAAGUGACAUAAACACAGUAAACAUGAGGAAAUGUUGCUUUAAUUUAAAAUUUUUCCUUUUUCCUGAGUUGUUUUCGUAACAUAUAUUUACAGUGUAUCUGCACACAUCUCAUUAAAUUGAAGUUAGCCCUCAAAAACUUUACAUGAAGUGCUUCCUCACAGUCUUGAACUGCUGCAGCUCAGGGCGUCUGUGUCAGGCUGUGUUCAGUAGAAUUACUUGUGAUGUACAGUGAAAUGACUGAGGUGGAAAGUGGGGGUAAAGUCAGUUUAAAGAAUGUGUCAGCUCAGUUAAUCUCAUCUCCUUAAAUCAUCUCUUUAAUUUUACAGGUCAUCAUUUACUGGACUUUAGACAGUGUCUUGUUUUGUUUUUCAUUUUUUGAUCCUAAUCCUGCUUGUAUGUUUUUUUGUGCACUAGGCGCAGUUGUGUAGCAGUUGAGUAUUGCUGGUUAGCUGUUAAGGUGGCGUGUUGCUCUGCUGAGUGCUUGGAUGUAUCCAGUAUUCUCCAGAAUGCUCCUGUGACUACCAGUGGUACGGUCGCUACAGUCUCACCCUUUGUACGAUAAAAAGUUUUUUCCCCAUGUGGUCAUGAUAGAUACAUGUGACUUUCAUUAAAGAUUUGGUGUUUUCACUA